CUUCUCCUUUUCCACCCUCUUAUCUAAGGGUCCUUUUUAUAGUCUUCUUCUCCUCUCCUCCCCUCUGCAAGCUCCAUCUCACCUCCCCUUUGUUUCACAAGUUGUUCUCUUUCUCAUCGGGAAAAAAAUGGGAACGAGCAAGGUUGACGGGAAGAGGAGCUUGAAGGAAAUGACGGAGGAUGAGGAGGAGGAGGAAGAUGAAGAAACCGGGUUUCUAGGGUUUGGAGAUGAUGAUAAGAAGAAGAAAGGGAAGAGAGGAUCCAGCACUACUGCCGGAGGGUCAUCGCAGCCUACUUGCCAGGUGGACGGCUGCACUACUGAUAUGACUGAAGCCAAGCGCUACCACCGCCGCCACAAGGUAUGUGAGUUUCAUGCCAAGGCUGCGGUUGUCCUUCUUGGUGGACUUCAGCAACGCUUUUGCCAGCAAUGUAGCAGGUUUCAUGAGCUGUCGGAGUUUGAUGAAGCUAAAAGGAGUUGCCGAAGGAGAUUGGCAGGACACAAUGAGCGUCGUCGGAAAAGCUCAGCAGAUUAUCAUGGAGAAAGCUGAAAUUAUUAACUAGAAAGAUUAAGGCUUAACUCCCUUGGGUGACACUGCCUCUUCCCAUAUAUGAGUUAUGAUUGAAACUACAUGUGAUCGGAUGGCUAUGCUGCUCUCUCUCUUCUGUCAAUCUAAGUUUAAUUUCCUUAAUGCACUAUCACUAUCUAUGUUUAUGGUUCGCUGAUAGAGUUUGCCUACCUUAUUUUAUAUCAACAAUAAAAUGACAAGGCACACAUAUAUAUAUUCCUCAUCUUUUGAAUACUG